AUGAACGGGCCGAGCGUGGACAUGGUCUGGGACCCGCAGACGCAGAUGAACUCGCUGGAAUGUUGGGAUUACUCCAUCGAGCUGUCCUGUCUUCAAGGUCCGGAAGAUCUGCAGUUGGCGGCAGAACUUGGCAAGACACUGUUAGAACGGAAUAAAGAAUUGGAGAACAUGAUAAAGUCGCAACAGACCAUUGUCGAAGAACAGGCACAAGAAAUAGAGUACAUGAAAAAACAGACCGCUGCACUAAGGGAAGUAAACGAUUCACGACUAAAAAUUUACGAGCAACUUGAAGUUAGUAUUCAGGACUUGGAGCGAGCUAAUCACCGUCUUGUAAUAGAGAACACGAGCGACAAAAAGCUCAUCAAAAGCCAAUGCUUAACGAUCGAGAGUCUAGAAGCCCGGUGCGAGGAGUUCCAGAAGAAAAUCGACGAGGUACACGAACAACAUGAAAGUCUACUUCGGCAACAGGCCACGAGCAAAUCGACGACUACCGCGCACACACAAACCACUUUAUGGAAAACAUCGGUCACGCCGGGUGGCAGCACACAACAGAACGCUGCCCCACCUGAAGAAGAAGUGACCGAUCUGAUGAGACAGCUGCAAGAGGCGCGGAGUCAAAGGGCAAGGGAACAAAAAAAGGUGACGGAGAUUGGACAACAACUGGCGUCUUUGCUUCAGGAGAACAAUGCUCUGGAGGAACAGAUAAAUAUUUGGCGGAGCAAAGCCCAGGAUGUGAAAAACCUACAAGAGGAAAUAAACGCGCUCGAGGAAGUCAGACGAGGGCAGUUAUGCGGACGAUGUUUGCGAGGUAUAGAGACAAAAACGCACGAUGAAAUUUCGGUGAUGUUGGAUCAGGAGGAAUACGACGACAUCAGUAUGGCCGAAUCGCUAAUAAACGACAGUCAACGCGAUACCGAGUCAUUAACGCAGGACUCGAAUCACGAAGAGGUCAGUUCCAACGACCCAAAGAAUCCCUACAGAGUGCUCGUGGAGAAGUACCAAGCCCUAUUGGAAGUCCAAAGACGCUCAACGUCCCGACGAAAGGAUGGCGUGCCCUGCAUGUCGCUGCAAGAGGAGCUCGAAAUGUCGGGCGAGUUCAAUAAUUUCCAAAGUUCGACAUUAGAAGCGGAACUGCACCAAGAUACGACGAAAUCCGUCGUCGGUAUGAACGGUACGCGUGGCAAGACCGAGAUCUGCGGUAAGAAACCGUUCUCCGCUACUCCCACAGACUUCUCCGAGGCGGAAACAUUGUCUUCCGGUUUCCUGGACGAGACGAGCAACAAAAUGACGCAAACCGAUGGAAGGCCUGGCUCGUUCCUAUGUUCGAUUGCUGACGGUGAAGACUGCAAGUUUAGCAUUUACGACGAUAACAGCCCGUUUGAAAGUAGAUUCCGGAAAACGCCCGAGUACAGACAAUUGUUCAGCGAGAUAUUCAGCGUUCUUAAACGAGCGGCCGAAGCGAAGGACGAAGGCGAAAAACUGCCGCUGUUGGACGAUUCCGCGAGCACAACCGUCUCGCAACCGCAGUCCUCGAUAUUGGCGCACGAGGAUCUGCCCAGUGAAACCACGGACGACAAUCAGAGUGUCGUUUCCUCUGUCGUGGCCUCAGUCGUGUCCGAGCCACCGUACAGAGUGAAGAGCUCGAUCUUAACCAAUUCGUUGAACAAACGACACAACGAGUCCGAAUCACACGAACAGGGUAAACACGGAAAGGUCGACGGCAAGAAACACGGAAACCGUCUGGAUUAUUUGAGCGCCAGCGUGCACGUCGCGAAGAAGUCGUCGAGGAAACAUUUGAACAGACGGCUGUUGCACAACGAAAGGGCAACGACACCUGACGUGAUUCCAACGACAAAUCCUAAAAUCGUCGCGCCAAAGUCGAACAGCGGCGGAAAGAAAAAGUUCCGACCGUUCAACGCCGCCGAGCAAAACGGUACAGUCUGUAACGAGUACAGUCCCACCAGCAAGACGAAAGACACGAAAGACUCGCCCCAGACUGUAAAGCAAUGUAACUUGUAUGCGCGCAACAAUAACGAUCAGCACAAUAACAGUUUCGAGUACAGGGACUACAAGCCGAGCACCGCGUCGGUUGAAGUCGCCCGGUUGAAACGAUUGGAAAUGUCGUACGCGGAAGUACUCCGGUUGCCAAACAAAUCCAAAGUGUGGAAUCGUAGAAGUUAAGGGAUUUUCUUAAACGAAACGAUCGAGGGGGGAUUUCGGAAUAACAAAAAAGAGAGAGACUUUUAUACGUAAGAAACAUAGUCAAGUGAGAUUAAGUUCAAAAUUAUUUGAGUUUAAUGAUGCGAGCGGAUACUUAGAACAGGACAAGAUUAAAUUAUUUCAGAUCGUAAGAUUCAGUAUUGGUAAUCAGUGCUAAUUAAAACACAUUUUGUAAAUAUCUAUCAGAAGCGAUCGCGCGUAGGCGUCUGUACUAGGACUAGGUACUAAACUAUUUUACAUUAAUUUUUUUUAUUAUAUUUUGUAUCUUAAAUUGUAUAUCUUUUUUUCAUUGUGGAUGUGAGAGGGUAACAAAGGUAUACAAGCAACGUUUAAUAUAUACUUUUCGAUGAUUACACGUGGUUAAAUGAGCAAGACAAAUUGAUUCGUGUCUUGCCAUUGUUCUCCCUUAGAAAAUUGUAGUUGUCAUGAUGGAAUAAAAUUAUUUAUGUGCCAUUUA